AUGUCGUCUGCUGAUUACAACCUCCGGUCCUGGAACUCUAAUAGUAGUCGUCUACGUGAACUUGCCACUACACAGAAAGUACUUGAUACAGAUAGGCCGACAAAGAUUCUGGGCCUGCGAUGGGACGCUGACGCUGAUGAAUUAUUUCUUCAACGUACUAUUUUUCCUAAAAGUGACUUCAUCACGAAACGAGAAAUUUUACAACGGACGGCAGAAGUGUACGACCCACUUGGGGUUUUGAGUCCAGUCACAAUACGCGCGAAGAUUUUACUUCAAGAUAUCUGGCAACAGAAAUAUGACUGGUAUGUGCCACUUCCGGAAGCUCUGCAACAGAGAUGGAAUGAGUUAUCAAAUGACUUUAAUACAGUUUCAAGUUACAAGUUUCAGCGUUAUUACUUCUCGCCAAACGACAUAUCUGACACAGCAGACGACAUACACAAUGUUGACGUCCACACUACACUGCACGUGUUUGCUGAUGCCAGUCUACGAGCAUAUGGAGCAGUAGCCUACCUAUGUAGAGGAAACCAGUCUGCAUUUGUUAUGUCAAAGACCCGAGUCGCACCUCUUAAGGAACUUACAUUACCCAAGCUAGAACUGAUGGCAGCAGUCAUUGCUGCGCGUCUCGCAAAUCACAUCUUACAGUCAAUUACUACCGAAUCUGUACAUUUAUGGUCGGACAGUCAAAUCGUCUUACAUUGGUUAGAUACCUCAAAACAGCUAAAGAGAUUUGUCCAAAACAGAGUAUGUGAGAUACACGAACUAACAGACAACCGGAAGUGGAAAUAUUGUCCAACUAAUGACAAUCCCGCUGACCUGCUUACACGUGGCGUAACGUCUUUAGAGUAUUUAAAAAGUAUACUUUGGAUGAAAGGUCCUUCAUGGUUACAUGACCAUUACAGAUGGCCAAAGUGGGAGAAAACCGACAAUACCGUGUUAACGACAACAGCAAAACUGCAAUACAAUAACAACAGCUGUAACAUACAAACAUGCUCUUCAUCAGAAAACACCAUCGUGGGAAUUAAUGGAAUUCAUAACAUAAUGGAUGUCAACAGAUUCAGUAACUACAGGAAGUUGCUGCGAGUCACAGCAUACGUUAUGCGAUUCAUUGACAAGUGCAGAUCACCAAGAUGCUCAGCCAACCUUGAACUACUCACCGUUCACGAAUUACAGCACGCGGAAAUAAUGUGGAUCAGAAGCUGUCAGAGUGUAACAUUCCAUAAUGAAAUAGAUAAUAUGGACUCCAAAGGGACUCGAUUACCUUUAGUCAGACAGCUACGACUAUUCAAAGAUGACACAGGAAUUAUUCGAAGUGGCGGGGAUCCAAAUGCACCACUCGAUAUGUUGACCAAAUUUCCCUAUCUUCUUCCGGCUAAACACCCCUUCACACGACUACUCAUUCAAGAUGCACAUGAGAGUCAACUACAUGCUGGGAUUAGUACUACCAUCACCCAUUUACGUCAGAAAUUCUGGAUACCAGCGAUCCGCCAGGCUGUGCAUUGCGUAAUCCGGAAGUGUGUUACAUGCCGCAAGGUUACCGGGAAACAGUAUACAGCACCUGACCCACCACCGCUACCAAAGAAUAGAGUAGAAGACACACCGCCAUUCACUGUCACAGGAGUUGAUUUCACUGGGGCAUUGUAUGUAAGAAAGUACGACGGAAAAACAGAAACCAUUAUGAAUGACAGACCAUUCACAUAUGUCUCAUCUGAUUGUACCGACCUACAACCCCUGACGCCAGCCCAUCUACUUUACGGUCGGAGAGUUAGUUCCCUUCCAUACCAUGAGAUUGCAGAAAAUGUAGAAACCGACAUUAAUUUAGGUAACUAUACAGGAAUCACGAAGCGCGCCAAAGUACAAGCGAAUCUGAUUCGCCACUUCCGGGAUAGAUUGGGCCACGAGUACCUUACCAGUUUGCGAGAACAUCAUCAGAAGACAGGUAACAACAAACAGACGAUCAAAGUUGGUGAUGUCGUACAAAUUCAGGAUGACGCUCCGAGAAACCAAUGGAAGCUUAAAAUUAUCACAGACCUAAUCACCGGAAAUGAUGGCCUGACACGAGCAGUGAUGUUGCCUACCAAGAACGGACAUGUGACUUCAAGACCUAUUGUGAAGUUGUAUCCAUUAGAAUUAAUUUCACACGAUGAACCAUAA